AUGUUACCAGUGAAAAGUAGUUCUAAAAAUCAUGUAAGACUCAUUGAGAUUAUUUUACUGUUCUGUGUCCUUCAGGGAAUGAUGUACCUGGAAGAGAGGAGACUUGUCCACCGGGACUUGGCAGCCCGUAACGUCUUGGUGAAAUCACCAAACCAUGUGAAGAUCACUGACUUUGGCUUGGCCAGACUUUUGGAAGGGGAUGAGAAGGAGUAUAAUGCUGAUGGAGGGAAGUGUCCUGUGAAAUGGAUGGCUCUGGAGUGCAUACACUACAGGAAGUUUACCCAUCAGAGUGAUGUUUGGAGCUACGGAGUCACUAUUUGGGAGCUUAUGACCUUUGGUGGGAAGCCGUAUGAUGGAAUCCCAACUCGAGAAAUUCCCGACCUCUUGGAGAAGGGAGAGCGGUUGCCCCAACCACCAAUCUGCACUAUUGAUGUUUAUAUGGUGAUGGUGAAGUGCUGGAUGAUUGAUGCUGACAGUCGGCCAAAAUUCAAGGAGCUGGCUGCUGAAUUCUCUAGAAUGGCUCGAGACCCUCAGAGAUACCUAGUAAUUCAGGGAGAUGAUCGUAUGAAGCUCCCAAGCCCAAAUGACAGUAAGUUCUUCCAAAACCUUCUCGAUGAGGAAGACCUGGAAGAUAUGAUGGAUGCGGAAGAGUAUCUUGUUCCUCAAGCCUUCAAUAUCCCUCCUCCCAUCUACACCUCCAGGACAAGAAUUGAUUCCAACAGGAGUGAAAUUGGACACAGCCCUCCUCCUGCCUACACCCCUAUGUCAGGAAACCAGUUUGUGUAUAGAGAUGGCGGCUAUGCUGCAGAAGUGCCAAUGCCGUACAGAGCUCCUGGCUGCAUAAUACCAGAAGCCCCAGUUGCUCAAGGGGCCACAGCAGAGAUCUUUGAAGAUACUUGCUGUAAUGGCACACUACGAAAACAAGCAGCAACCCUGGCAAAAGAGGACAGCAGCACCCAGAGGUACAGUGCUGAUCCCACGGUCUUCAUACCUGAGCGGAUCAUCCGGGGAGAGCUGGAUGAGGAUGGGUACAUGACGCCAAUGCGAGACAAAGCUAAAACAGAUUACCUAAACCCAGUGGAGGAGAACCCAUUCGUUUCCCGACGAAAGAAUGGAGAUCUCCAAGCUGUGGACAACCCGGAGUAUCACAACGCUCCGAACGGGCAGCCCAAAGCAGAGGAUGAGUACGUAAACGAGCCAUUGUAUGCAAACACCUUGGAAAAUGCUGAGUACCUGAAGAACAAUUUGCCAGAGAAGGCCAAGAAGGCCUUCGACAACCCAGACUACUGGAAUCACAGCCUGCCCCCACGAAGCACCCUCCAGCACCCAGACUACCUGCAAGAGUACAGCACAAAAUACUUUUACAAACAGAAUGGACGGAUUCGGCCCAUUGUGGCAGAGAACCCUGAAUACCUCUCCGAGUUCUCCCUGAAGCCUGGCACUGUGCUGCCCCCGCCGCCCUACAGACACCGAAAUACAGUGGUGUAG